AUGACAACCAGUGUCUUUCCACAUCUUGUCCCGGACCGCUACCAAGAGCUCAUGAGGGUGGCAAGACAAUGGCGGAAGCUGAAUCUCAUGAGAUGGAAUGGCUUCAGCCAUCAGGACAAACAGGCCACACCUGGCGACUUGGCUCUGUUCUGUCCAGCAUGUCCCCAGCCGGGCAUCAAUGUCUCGUUGUCAACAGGAGAUACUGCUGAGGGCAAUGAUUGGCUGUAUUCAAGAUCUCUAGUCAUGGACGGCAACUUCAAGGUGGAACAUCUCCAUUCUGCAAAUCCAUCAGAUGAAGAGCACUUAUCCCUUGCCAAGGAAGCAGUUCAACGCUCGGAGUCAAAUGCUUCUCGUCAUAGAUUGGAAGCCACAGGUAUCGGUGGGUGCGCUUGCGCAAGGCAUGGCUGUUUUGUUCCACAUGCAAUGGUGGAUUUUCAGAAGGGAGGAAGUACCACAAGCAUCUGA